UGAGGGAAAAGACGGAGCAAACCCUUGUCAAUCAUAAUUAAGGAACCAUGGGAGUAAACUGCUAAGGGGAAGCUCGGCGGAACCACUGUGUUUACGGUGAAGAUUGUUUUUCUUUAAAAAAAAAAAAUUGCGCAGAAACGACAACUAUGCACCGGUACACUGUGGGACAUUUACAUCUGAGCUCGCCUCACUGGGAAUCGCUGCACUUUGACGGGAAUUAGCAUGAAGCGUUAACAUAUAACAACAAAAAAAACUUACCGACUUGCCUUGCGCCUUUUUUUUUUUUUGCGUUCCAGUUUGAACAAAACACACAAGUCAGCGUUGAUAUUUGUACAAAAGGCGGUGCCGCGGAGGUUUAUAUGAACUCUAAGCUCAGGAUAUUCUCGUUUAUUUGACUACAACUCGUGGAAAAUCUGGUCUGUGCAUUUCAGACUGCUGCCCUGUCGGCGAGUCGACUUUCGAAGAAGAAGAAGAAGAAGUAGUGACGGUACAAGAAGACACUCCCAAAAACAAACGAAGCCCAACUGAAAAAAAAUCUUCAAACUCAAAAGGACAGAGAGAGAGCAAGAAAGAAAGGAGCCGAUAUGAGUGGGGGAGAUGUGAUGUGCUCAGGGUGGCUGAGAAAGUCUCCUCCUGAAAAAAAGUUGAGACGUUACGCAUGGAAGAAGCGGUGGUUUGUUCUUCGCAGUGGCCGUCUGACAGGCGACCCAGACGUGUUGGAGUACUACAAGAAUGACCAUGCCAAGAAGCCCAUCCGCGUGAUUGAUCUCAACUUGUGUGAGCAGGUGGACGCCGGGCUGACGUUCAAUAAGAAGGACUUGGAGCACAGCUUCAUAUUCGACAUCAAGACCAUCGACCGCGUCUUCUACCUGGUGGCUGACACCGAAGAAGAGAUGAACAAGUGGGUUCGCUGCAUCUGCGACAUCUGUGGUUUUAACCCCACCGAUGAUGAGGCAGCCAAAGCUGCUCACCAGUCAGCCAUCGGGGGCUUGGUGGUGGAUACCCCUCCACACCCAGCGCUGGGUAAUAUCGUUGGUCCGGCAGCGGUGCUGACUAACGUGCCCCCUCCAUACCAGCCGGUCAAUGUGCGACACCUGGACUCUCAGUCCAGUUCAGAGGAGCCUCAGGAUUACCUGUGGCUGGUCAACUGUGAGAGCAAAAAGCCUGAAUCCAACAGAGCCCAUGCUGAGUGUUCCAAGUCUACCUCUUCAGAGACGGACCUGAAUGACAACCUCCCCUCUCACCGCACGCCCACAUCCUCCACCUCCUCAGCUAAACACACUUCGCACAAUGGCUUCUUCCCACAGCACCCGGCCCCUGCCUCCGCCUCGUCCAUCUACGACUCGCCUCCCUCACGUGGUGCCUCGCUCUCGACUGACAGCGGCUUCUACCACCUCCCCCGCAGCUACUCCCAGGACACUGUGGUGCUCCCAAAGUCAGCCUCCUCCCCGUCGGCCCAUCCGGACAGCGGGGAUGUCUCCGAGCUCUACGUCUUCAACACGCCAUCGCGGAAGCCCUCAAUGGAGACACAGAUGCGCAACCUUUCAAUCAGUUACGAUAUCCCACCAACACCUGGCGCAAACUGUACCUACCAGGUGCCCCGCACUUUGUCGUCAUCGACAGGGGUGGGAGGCUCAGAGGGUGGGGGAGAUGUAGUACCCCCUCCCAGACCGCCCAAGCCUUCGCUCAGUUCCACCUCAGGACCCCCACCACCCCCUGCUGAGCGCUCACCUACGGACACCUAUCAUGUGCCCCGCUCGGCGUCAGAGACGGAUGGAAACUACUGUGUGCCUACUAGUGCUGGGAAUAAGGCUUUACGCAGCAACACUAUUGGGACUGUGGACUGUUCACGCCUCCGCAAAGAUUUUGGAUCCCAGGACUGCUAUGACAUUCCGAGAUCAUUCCCCUCCGACAAAAGCUGCUCGUUUGACUUCAAUGAAAGCUUCAACAGCUACUUUAAAAACAAAGGAAUGAUGCCAGUGGGUAGCCAGUCCACAGAAGAGGUAGACCAGAACUAUGUACCCAUGAGUGCCAAUUCCCCGUCACACCAUCAAUCAGGCAGUUUGUCAGAGCCGAUACACGAAGCGAACUAUGUGCCCAUGACCCCAAGCACCAUGGAGUUCUCGUCCCUGGGCAAGCAGGUCCCCCCACCCGCCCACAUGGGCUUUCGCUCCAGUCCCAAAACCCCUCCCCGCAGGCCAAUGCUCAACGACUGCCAGCCCCCACCUGUGGACCGAAAUCUCAAACCUGAUCGCAAAGGAAUACCCGCUCCACUGGUGAUCAAACCUCUGCCAGAAUGGGAGGAGCCCUGUACGCCUGUCCGCUCACCUGUCACACGGUCAUUCGCUCGGGAUCUCUCUAGGUUUCCAUUGCCAACGAGACCCCCGUCAGUGCAUAGUACGGCCUCCAGCACUGACUCCGACGAGAGUGAUGACAAUUAUGUAGCCAUGGUCACUAAUAUGUCCACAGAUGAACCAAACAUGAAGCUUAUUGCGCCCAUGACUGCGGAUGGUGGGAGCAGCCCUAUGAUGAAGCCGAAAGGAGACAAACAGGUGGAGUACCUGGAUUUGGAUCUUGACCCCGGCAAGUCUACCCCACCUAGGAAGAUAAAAAGCAAUGGAACUGGCAUGACGGCAUCAGACGAGCGUGUCGACUACGUGGUUGUGGACCAGCAACGGACACAGGCCCUUAAGAGCACCCGGGAAGCCUGGAACGAUGGCCGGCAAUCCACAGAGACAGACACCCCUUCCAAAGGACCCAAGUGACCCUGUCUUCCCAAGCGCCAACCCACCUUCCAAACCCUUAAACCGCUGGGCCUUUUUACACUAGUGUAGGCUGUGGUUUGUGCUUUGGGACGGUCCAGCUGUCACGUUCCACCUCAGUAAGAUCCUUAGUGUGUAGGGGGCCAGUGGAGCUUCAUAGCCACUCAACUGUCUUUAGUUUACACUGCUGCACGGCCUAGGACAACACUGUGUGUGUACAGUUGUAAGAAGGGGUGUGAGCCAGGAAUAAGCUGUGUGCAGUAUGAAAGCAGGUGGAAUGACUGGACUUGUCUUCGGGGGUUUGACUUAAGCAGACUCACAAACUUUGAACAUUCACUGCCUCCUAUAUUGGAUUGGAGUUUUUUUGUUUUUUUUUGUUCUGUUGUUCACCUUUCAGUGGCCGGUGAGCUGAUCCAGACUUAACAUUUCCUUAAAUUAUAAUGCUGUUUGAUGUUGUUUUGGAGUGUAAGUGAAAUCACUUGAUAACAUGAUCACAUUACUUCGUCAAUGCAACACUGUACUAGUAAGCAUAGCUGGUUAAAAGUGUUUGAACGGGGUGAAGUUUGCACGGGCAUCAUUCGCAGGUCAGUUUUACAAUUUCUUUUCCACAAAGUUAUUGCGGAUGCAUGAAGCUGACCCCGAUUUGUGUCUAAGUCAAACUUCAAACUCGAUCCCUAAGAUAACCCAGUACGACAGAAUUUCAUAGUUUUUACUUUUUUCUUUCAAUGCAAAGGCAGUUGAACUCGUUCAUUUGACGUCUAACCAAGUGCUCAAUUUUAAGCUUUGGAUUCACUCAAGGUUUAAUCCACUGAACAUGAUUUGAUUUCCAUUUACUUUGUACGUGGAGAUGCUUCAAUCUGUUAUAAUGGAAGUGCAAAGACUGUACAAAAGUGUUAUGUAUAUAAACAGGAAAAGUGUCCUUUAUUUGUAUGGAAUAUCCAGCGUGUUUGACUCGAAGGUAUGUGGAUUCUGCAGGGUAGAAUCCUGUGCCUGUCUUCGGUGGUAUCAGGACUUGUGAUUAAUGAAUGAAUUACUGUGAGUUUUUAAAAGAACGUGACAGGUUUUCUAUAAGUUAUGCAAAGGUAUCAAACUUAGGCUAGAGAGAGAGAAAAUCAGGUACUCUUUAUAAAUGCAUACUAAUACAACUAUCCAUUUCUAAUUUAUUUCUCAAGUUAUUUCAUCAGGUGGAUGUCAGGUCCACUUUUAGCUCAGUAUUCUUGAUCUAUAUGGAGGAACAUAGCUAAAGUCUGUUAAAAAUGCUUAGUUUGACAAGCGCCGGUCAAUUAGUUUCACAGGUUCAUUGAUAUUCCUCAAUUUUCUCUCCUCAUAGGUUUAAUUUAUUUGGAAUUUAACUGGCAUACAGUUUGGGGAAAUUGACUGCCUCAUGUAGUCAACUUGAUACAUCUUUUAUAGACAGUGAAAAAACUCUUUGUCUGCAUCGAUCUGUGCUUUACUAACCUGUGAACUCUCAGUCAGAAGUCCCAAGCAUGUGCUACCACAAGGUAAAAUCAUUGCUGUACAUAUUUUGCCAUCAAUUAGAUUAACAUGUAUCAUUUGGAAAAUGUGCCUACUAAGUCAUCUUCAUUCUACUUCAUUCUUUCCUUAUUGCAGUCUCUUUGUGAUAUGGUCUGCAAAGCUGAUGAUGCUUUAUCUUUUUUAAUGAAUCUUGACAGAAAAUGUAAAUUUUAAAAGUGGACUAAAUAAAAUCCAACCUCUUAACGGA